GAACAGACCAGAGGAGCAGAGAGUCACGGAAAAGGUAAACGAGCGAAGAGGGACAUCCUAACGUCAGCCACAAGUUUGGUGUAAGAUUCACAUGGUCAUCAUAUCAUGUUAACCGACAAUUCCGACACCGGGUAGUUUGAUUUUUGUUAUGCGCUAAAUGUAUUUCAUUACAGCAGACUAUGAUUUGACAAUGUAUGAGCAUGUGUUUUAAGCAGCGUGCACACGCAGAUGUUGUUAACUAUAUCUACCGCACUCACUCUCACCCUUUCCCAACCAAGUGCUCAAAUCCGAGUUGAGCGAGCAAUUUCAAUCUAGCCGCCAGUGAAGACUCGCGGGACGUCGGAUUCCUGUGAACACAAGGAUGCGGUGCCGCACGUUUUUUGGACCGUGUUCGAUUGGGAUCUAUCUAUGGAUGGCGGUCCUUUUCAAAGGGUCCCUACAGGGGGAGCACCAGCGCAGACUGUACAAGGAGUUGAUGGCCAACUACAACCGCCUGGAGAGGCCAGUGAUCAACGACUCCUCUCCUCUUCUGGUGGAGCUGGGAAUGACUCUGCUGCAGAUCAUAGACGUGGACGAGAAGAACCAGGUUCUGAUGACCAACGCAUGGCUACAGCUGUACUGGACUGAUGUGUACCUGAGUUGGAAUCCAGAGAACUACCCCGGGGUUCAGAACCUACGUUUCCCCUCCAGCCAGAUCUGGACCCCUGACAUCCUCCUCUACAACAGCGCCGAUGAGAGAUUUGACGCCACCUUCCACACCAACGUGCUGGUCAAUGCGUCGGGUUACUGCCAGUACAUCCCCCCGGGCAUCCUGAAGAGUACCUGCUAUAUUGAUGUGCGCUGGUUCCCCUUCGACGUCCAGAAGUGUGACCUGAAGUUUGGCUCGUGGACCCACAACGGCUGGCUGCUGGACCUGCAGAUGCUGGACGUGGACACGUCUACCUACAUACCCAAUGGAGAGUGGGACCUCGUGGGAGUCCCUGCCAAGCGUAAUGAGCUGUACUAUGACUGCUGUAAGGAGCCCUACCCUGACGUCACCUUCACCGUCACCAUGCGAAGACGAACCCUCUAUUACGGUCUCAACCUGCUCAUCCCCUGUGUCCUCAUCUCUGGCCUGGCCCUGCUGGUCUUUCUGCUGCCCGCCGACUCCGGAGAGAAGAUCUCCCUGGCUCAGUACUUUGCCAGUACAAUGAUGAUAGUGGGUCUGUCUGUGGUGGUGACUGUUCUGGUCCUGCAGUUCCAUCACCACGACCCACAGGGCGGCAAGAUGCCCAGAUGGGUCAGAGUGGUGCUGUUGAACUGGUGUGCCUGGUUUCUGCGAAUGAAACAGCCAGGUGAGGAGCGCAAACCUGCUGGCUACCAGUACGGCCACCCUCCCCAGCAACAUUCCAGCGCCAGCUCCAUCGAGAUGGGACCUAUGGGCACCGUGAUGGGCCUCACCCCGCCCCUCUCCCAGGCCCCCUGCCCCACUGGCACUUCCAACGGCAGCAUGAGCCUCUACUUCAGCUACAACGCUGUGGAGAGCCCCCGCUGUCCCACCUCCAGCGACUCCGGCGUGGCGUCGGGGGGACUGGCCCAAGGGACCACCUGCGAGGAGGCUGAGCCCCCAGGGGGAGGUGCUGGAAGAGGGAGAGGAGGUGGUGGAGGAGGAGGGGGGUUGAUCUUUACUCCUCCGGAAGUCUUUCAGAUCCUGGAGGAGGUGUCGUAUAUCGCCCAGCGCUUCAGGGACCAAGAUGAGGAAGUGGCGAUCUGCAGCGAGUGGAAGUUUGCUGCUGCCGUGGUGGACAGGCUGUGUCUGGUGGCCUUCACUCUGUUCUCCAUCAUCGGCACCUUCACCAUCCUCAUGUCUGCUCCCAACUUCUUGGAGGCCGUCACCAAGGACUAUCUAAAGAAAUAGUGUCAAUAUAUUAAACCGUAUAGGCCAGUUUCCCCAAACACAGUGUCGUGUCUUUGGCUAUGCCGGAUUAAGUGAUAUGACAUGCUAUUCUAUAAAAUAAUUUCUCCCUAAUUAAUAUUACCUGAUUGAGCUAAUCAUGUAAAUGUAAUUAACUAGAGAGUCGGGG